AGGCGCGGCAGGAAGGUUUUGUUCGGUGACUAGGAGGAGCCGAGGGAGGCUAUUGCGUCCGGUCCUCUCCGUGGAACUAGUGCAGUGUCCGCCCCCGCCUCCCUCCCCUCUAGCCAGCCGCUGGCCACGCUGCCCGCCGAGCCCAACUGUCCGUGGAGCGGGAGGGAGAAGGAGGAGGAGGAGGAGGAGGGGCAGAGCCAGUCCCCGCAGCCCGCCCCCAGCCCGCCCGCCGCCUGCUUUUUUACCCACAACAUGUAAACAGUCCCCGCUAAGAGUUCUCCAGGGAGCAGGAACGGGAGAGCUGGGCAUUAAAGCAGGUCCGCGAGGAGCCCCCUGUCCCGUGGAUCCCCCGGGCGGGAUCACCGACGUAUUGGGAGGCAGGAGAGCAGAGGAAGCCCGAGUUGAGCCGAGCAGAGCAGAGCCGAGCGCAGCGCUCGGGGGAGGAGAGAGGCCGAGAGCCGGGCCGUGAGGGCCGGAGAGCUAGAGUUAGGGAGCCCCAGAGAGAGGAGGAGCGAGCUAGGAGAGCAGUGGAGAGGGGAGCGAGGCAGGGGCGACCGACGGGAUGGAUUUCCAGCAGCUGGCGGACGUUGCGGACAAAUGGUGCUCCAACACUCCCUUCGACCUCAUCGCCACGGAGGAGACGGAGAGGAGGAUGGAUUUCUACGCCGACCCGGGGGUCUCUUUUUAUGUGCUGUGUCCGGACAACGGCUGCGGGGACAAUUUUCACGUCUGGAGCGAGAGUGAAGACUGCUUGCCUUUCUUGCAGCUGGCACAGGAUUACAUUUCCUCAUGUGGCAAGAAGACCCUUCAUGAAGUGUUGGAAAAAGUCUUCAAGUCUUUCAGACCCUUGCUGGGGCUCCCAGAUGUAGACGAUGAUGCGUUUGAGGAGUACAGCGCCGAUGUGGAAGAGGAGGAGCCAGAAGCCGACCACCAACAGAUGGGCGUCAGUCAGCAGUAAACUUUGGAGGGUUAAGAGGAGGACAAAUGUUAACUUCUCGGUGCCAGGUGGGGUCAGGGGCUCUGUGUUUACAUUUGGCAUUUGCUCAUCACCACAGGAGGUCUGACUCCCAGCAUCCGAAUUAAAAUGAAAUAGAAUUUUAACCACCACGAAAUAUCUGUGAUAAGCUUUGCUGCUGGGGUGGCCUGAUGCCCUUCUGCUGCCAGGAGGUGUCUAAGGGGUCGUCUUGGUUGCCUGGUGACAUUUUGAAUCUAGAAUCUGUUUUUGUAGCCAGCUUAAUUUUCUCUUUUGUUUACGGUAAAGGAUGCACAUCCACUGACUUGAAUGUCCACUUUGAGGAAUGUAUCAGGUCUGAAUCUGGACAAGGGAGAGCCACGUGGGAGGUAGAAGUCAGCUACAUUUUUUUUAAUUGAUUUUAUGGCCUUUUAACUACUAGUUAGAGAUCGAUCUUGUUUCUAAUGCAGGUGUUUUGAUAUCUCUACGUAGUUUGUUAAAUGCAAAAGAGCAGAUAAAAAAGAGACAGGAAUCCUGCAAAUUGGUUCAGGAGAAGUAGGAGAUAAAUACAAACUUCUGAUAAAGAUUUUUUUAAAAAAAAUCUCACUUCAACAUUUAUUAAGCGCCUACUGUAUGUGAGUAUAUUGUCCAAAUAUUUUUUAAUGACACCAUCCCUGCCCUAAGAGAGCUUGUUUUCUAUUGGAAAGUUGUCUAGAGCAUGUCAGACAUUCUUACCUGAAUAUCUAGGCAAAUCAUUACAAGCAUAUUAGAUGACUUUGAAAAUUUUCUAAGACUAAGUAACAAUAUUUUGAGGAUGAUGCCACCAUCCAGAACUUAGAAGAUGAGCCUUAGAGAGUUCUUUGCAAUGACUUGGACAAGGUCACACAGAUAGUAACUAUUAGAGGUCAGAUUUGAACCUGGAUCUCCUUGAUUCCAGGAUCAUCCAUCUAAAGGGGACCUUAAUAUAAACCCCUCAUUUUACAAAUGAGGAAACUGAGGCCUAGAGCAGUAUAGUGACUUGCCCAAGGUCACAAAGGUGGUAAGUAGCAGAACUAGAAUUCAAACCUAAGCCCUCUGCCUCCAAGUCCUUUCUUUCUACUGCACCAGGCUGCCUCCAGGUCUCGUAGUUGGCGAUCUCUCUUCCAUGCUGCCUCUCAAGUCUAAAGUCACUUUGUAAUAGUUAGACAAAAAAAAAAAAUCAAUGAGCAACAUGGGGUGAUUUUGUAAAAGUAUCUAUCAAAUAUCAUGUAAGACAUGAAACUUUCGUUUUCACACUUUUCUGGCGAGUUGACAAUUUGCAAAUAUCCUGGUUGUCAUCCAGAAUUCAAGUGCCACAUCAACCUUGAAGCCAUACGGGAAGUCCACCAUGGUCAGAAUUAAAAACAAACAAAUAAUGAAUCCUUUGUCACCUUCCCUAUCUGCCUUUUAGUCUUUAAGAAAAAUGAGGAGGACAGGAUCCCAUCAUGUGUAACUUACUCCACUUUUAAAGAAUCAAAUGCUUCUCAGUAUCUGGUUUAAGCCAAUUUUCAGUGUGGUGUGAAAAGCUUUAGUCCUUUUGUACAAGAUCGAGAGGCAUCAGAACCACACGUAGGUAACUCCCAGUAGCCCCCACUGCCCCCAUCGUCAUUCAUUCUGCAAACAUUUGGGGAGAACAUGUUGGGCAGCAGGAUUCAUUCAGGGUACAUUUUUCUCAUCCCCUUCCCUCGAUUGGCACUUUGAUGAAUCUGGAUGGGGAAUGCUUCCUUUGCCCAGUGUGGGGUGCAGCAGUCAGCUUCAGGGGUGGGAGAAUGCUCAAGCGUGCAUGGGUUGGUGGGUCAGCACUGACGUCUGUUUUACAAUCUGAAGGCCUCCAAAGUAGGUUUAUCAUAUGGCCAAAAUCUUGAAUUUUAAAAGAUUCAUAUAUAUGUGUGUUUGUGUAUGCAUGUAUAUAUAAAUAUAUGUAUGUAUAUGUAUAUAUACACAUAUAAAUAUACAUAUACACAUAUUCAUGUGUAUAUGUAUAAGCUUCAAUGCUUAUUGGGUUUUGUGUAAACUUUUUUAGACAGAGGCAUAAAGCUAAUGGCUCCCACUUUUUUGGGUAGGUCGGUAGGAGGCUGGAUUAAUGACAGGAGAUCAUUGGCUGGUCAUCAUGUAACACUUUACAAGAGUGAGGGGGCUUUUAUUUUCUCAAAGCAAAUACAGUUGUGAUUUCCAUCCCUACUUUGGCACCCAAGCUUUUAUUUCCUCUGCAUUAAAAAGAUUAUAGUCAGUUCUAAGAAAAGCAAAUUUUUCUUUUUAGUAACUUAUUUAAAGAAACAAAUAUAUGCCAAUAACAUCCAGUGGAGUUAAGAUAUGUGCCUCCCUUUACUGCUUUUCUCCAAAGACAAGCUGGAGAGCAUGGGUAUAGUUAAGAAGCCACUCAGAGUUGUAAAUUAUAUAGAUGUGGUUUCCUGCCAUGAGUCAUUUACUCACAGUAUCCUGUAGGAAUGAGCUUCUUCCAGAGAGCUUCUGAGACUCACCUACUCAAAACAUGGUGACCCGCUGUUGCUCAUGCCUUUUCAGGGCAAACUAGAAUUUUAUACGUGGAGGAUUAAACCAGAAAUUGACAUGUGUAUUAACCUGGAAUGGACAUUAAUAUAGGAUGGAUUUUAUCCAAAAGUGGGGUAGACUUUGCCCAAAUACAUUUCUGUAUUAUGUUAAUAUUCUCUGUUUAUAAAAUGAAUUGAGAGAAACAACUAUCUAGCCUACUGCCCAGGAUUCUCUGUGUCUUGCUUCAGGGGUAUUGACUGAAACUGCUUCGUGUUAUACUUUAUGACAUCACCCCUAAAAGAUGACCCCCAAAGUUGGUCAAUCAGCAGACAUUGGUCAAUGCCUCUUAUGUGUCAGUCACUAUGCUAGAUACUGGGGAUACAAAGACAGAAAAUGAAUAGCACUUGCCUUCAAGGAACUUACAUUUCAACAGGGGAGACAUGUACAUAUAUAACUAUAUACAACAUUUAUGCAAAAUUCAUACAGAUAUUCAAGAUAAUUGAUCUUGAUACAUCACGAUGGUUCCCCAAGAACUUUUAGUUCUUGAAUUACAGGUGCCCCCAUGCAGACUAAGAGCUAGAGUUGGUCUUGGAGGGCUUUCUAGAGCACAAAGCUUUACUUGAGACUGUUGAAAUGGUUGUAGAAAUGAAGACAUGACUGGGAAAGUCACUGGUCCUCCAUGAAUAUUCAGAAUAUAUUUAUUGCCUUUUGGACUGUGUGUGGCCCAAGGACACUCUAAGAGGAACA